UGUACCAGUUUGUACUCUGUAACUAAAACUAACUUCAUUAUCUGUGCUUCAUUUUCAUUUCAUUUGUCAUUGUCAAAUAUUGUUGAAACUUGUAUGUUGAGUUGAAUUAAAGAUUUGUUGAAUUUAGAUUUGAAAACGAACAAGAAUAUUAUUUAGUGCCGGCGAACGACAUAUAUCGUAAAGAUGACGUCGCCGUCGACCCUCAAUCCGACAAUACGAAAGCGCGUCACCAGAUAUCUUCAUACAGGCAAUGAACUGCCAAAGUACUACCCUGGAUGCUGGGAAACUCAUAAAUACUUCCUUCCGGAAAAGCUAACAGCCAUUGAUGCUGGACUAAUAAAUGAACCAAACAAUCUUGAAAUUGUGAACAUCAUUGUGAAGGCAUAUAAGGAUGGUUGGUACACCAGAUUUGAGACCCUGGCUUUUGCUUUAGCAAAAUUUAUUUCUGUGGGUACUGAUACAAUAAAGGAAGCAUGUUACAAAGCAGCUGUAGAAAUUUGUAAUACUCCUGAGGAACUGAUGAUGUUCAACAAAUUCACCAGGCUGUUGCAGAUUGGAAAUGGCCGUGGUUGGUGCAGGCAGAUCCAUGAGUGGUACAGUCGCAAAGAACCAAUGGAGCUAGCAAAGGAAAUAACCAGAGUCAGAGCUCGACAUGGCCGCUCACACAAAACUUUGAUACGUAAAUCACACGCAAAAUAUGAUGAAAAUGAUCGUGCAAGAAAUGCAGUAAUCAAGUAUGUAAUUCACGGAUUGAAGCGAGCAAAACAAUUAUGCGGGAAUGAUGAGAGUACCAAGCAGAUAUUUGACUACAUACAAAAAGUAGAAGAUGUGCGUCACUGUGAAGAUCCUGCGCAUGCAGCUGCUAUGAUUAUCCAACAUCAUUUCACUCUGGAUCAUGUCCCGGGACAUCUGAUGACUUCACAAGAAGUCUGGAACGCAGUUCUGCCUGAGUUACCAUUGAGCCAACUACUGAGUCACAUCCAACGUAUUCACAACAUGGGCUUCCUUGCCAGUGAUUCGGACACAUCUGCAAUAUUAAUUGCGCAACUGAGCAGCCAGGAUCUCAUCAAGAAGUCGAAAGUAACUGCGAUCGAAGUUUACAUCACUCUUUGCAACUACAAAAAGAAUAGCAGGCCAAUGAGCUAUGCGAAAGCCAAAGUGGCCCAGGACAAGCAAACGCGACGCCGCGCUCGACAGAUUUUCGACACGAAGACUGAGCGCUGGGAGUGGACUGUGACCAGGCGCCAUCCAAAGGAAUUGAAAAACUGGGGUAUCGACCAACCGCCUAACCCAGAAGUUAUUGCCACUCUCAACAAGUUGAUUGACCACACGUGGCUCCUCACACCACCAACUAAUGUCCGCUAUCUUAUCACAUUGGACAUGAGGCACCAUAUGUUUAAGGGCCGGCAUUUCUGUAAAAGCUACUCAGUUGCCAAGAAACCCAAGAAGGCAGCAACAGCAAGCAGUCAAUCCACAUCUGGUGCGGCUGGAAGUAACACUGAAGGAGAGAAACCAGAGGCCAGCAAGAAACAUUUAUAUGCAGAAUGCUUUUACAACAAGAGUGUGACCCCUGGACAUGCUGCUAUUGUUCUGGCAAUGCAACUGCUGAAGCGAGAGAAAAAUGCAAAGUUAGCUGUGUUCACAGAGGAAGGCAUACAACUGGUCUCUAUAGAGCGUAACUUCAGCAAUAUUGAGGAGGCUGAGUUUGUUUUAAGGAAAGCUAACUUAGGCCGGGUCCAGCUCGACGCGCCAAUAGAAUGGGCCGCAAAGAACAACCAGAACUUCGACGUGUUCAUCAACAUGAUAGACCGGCCCACGCGCUACAUGGAACUGGACCGCAAGGCGCGCGGCGGGCGCUCCUGCGGGGGCAGGUAUGGCACGCCGCCGCCGCCAUCCAAGGAGAUAGUCGACCACUGCCCUGUGAGGGCCCUAGAGCGGUACAGGACCAAAGCUGUAAGCAAAGCCAAGCUUAUUGUUCUGUCUCUGGCGUCCCAUCGGGCUAAAACCACCGACGGCAGCCACGAGGGCGUCCUCGACAUCAUCGGCAUCGACGAGCAUGUUCCGAAGGUUAUGGACGCGUUUGCACUCGGUCAGUUCGAGUAAACCCUUCUCUUUGUACCUCCUAUACACUGCUCGCGAAGUUGAUCGGAGUUAAUCGAAUACGAUAGUGUAGGCACAAACUUCGCUUCGUGCAACUUCACCUCGUCUCGUUCAUCUUCUAUUGGUCUAAGAUCCGGUAUUAGAAAUAUAAACCCUCAUCUGUUAUUCAUUAGUGCUAUGAAAUAAAUGAUAGAUAAUGUUCACAGUGAGACCUUGCAAAUAGUUGAAUUGCGGCCAAACACAUUUUUCAUACAAAAUCUAGGAAACCAUGAUCUUGGAAAACUUGAUCAAAGGCAUUCAUUCAUUUGACAUUUUAAAUGACUAAAUGACUGAUGAGGAUAUAUAAAUAUAAUUAUUUAACUGUCUAUAUCUGGCAACCCCACAGUUGGCAAUACUAGGCAUUACUAGGCAACCUAUGUGCAAUGUGCCAGUGAAAAUAUUUUCUACCAUUUAUUUUUUAUCCCAAUUAAAUAACUGAUGAGGGUAUAUAUUUCUUAUGCAGGAUCUCAUACUAUAUCGUUGCCGGUUUUUGCGUCAAAGGACAAUGCGAUCCGAGGUUUGAACACGAAGCGUCUCACUACACUAUUCAGUUCAUUUCAGGACUUUGUCGAAGCUAGUAGUGUAUUUGGGGCUUUAGAUCAUCCGCCACAUUAAUAUUUCCGUCUAAUACUUAGACCCAUGCUAUAUCUUUGCUAUUAAAAUUGAUAAUUGAUAAUCCAUUAUAAUAUAAUCUAACUGUGUUUAAAAUAUCAACCUGUUCAUAAUGAUUGGGUUGAUUUUUUGUAUUUUUGAAAUCAUGUAAAUUUUUCGAAAUUGCAGUAUUAUAAGUAAGGUAAGUUGGUACUUACUAUCAUCCCACUUUUGAUGUGACUAUAAUAAUAAUGUUUUAAUCAUUGUAUGGUUCUAAGUACUGAUUGGAAAUUUUAUUGUGAAUGUUCUCAUCAUCCCACUACUUAAAACUUUAUAGGGGACCGACCAUUUUGAGCCCAGAAUAUUAAAAAAAAAAUUAAAUAUCCUUUAUUUUAUGAUAAAUUAAAUCACCACAAAAAUUCAAAAUAAUUUGGAUUCACAGAUUUCAAAUAUUUUAUCAUGUACGACUAAUCUGCUAUUAGUCCUAGGCCAACAACAAAUGUGUUGCGAGUGUCAUUGUCUAAUAUAGUUGCUUUUUAAAUGUUGUUUUUGUUGAAAUUGUGCAUUUUGUAACGUAUGUAAAGAAAAGAAAAAUGCAUUUAUUUCAAAAUUCAUUCAAUUCGCACAUCAUAAUAUCUCCAGGACAUCAAUGUAAGUUAUAGACCUUAUCUUGAUAAUGCAACUGUCAAUUAAUCCGAAAUUGAACCAGUCUAAAACUGAUGUUAUUAUUCAAUAAAUAAUACAAAUUUAGACAUGGUAAUGGUUUGUGUACAUCAAAUUUUGGGCCCAGCAAUGUAUAAAAAGUGGUUGGUCUCCUUUUGAACCAUGGAAGAAUACAUACUUAAUUUGUAUUGUCAUAUUCCUUCAGGAAGAAUGUAGAUGGGAAUAUAACUCGGGAUCUUAAUGUUUGUAUCUCAUAAAUAAUUAUGUGUUUAACACAUGUAUUAGUUGACUUCCAUUUCAGUAUUUGGUUCUAUUAUUAUCAAGCACCAUAUGUGUUCCGAACCCGAUUUAUAUGAAAAAAAAAACAUGUUGUAAAUGUAAUGAGUGCGUUACAAAAUUCCAAUAUAAAUUAUGAGAAUAAUAUGAGCUCUUAUUUUUUUACUGAAAUCGCUCUCUACGUUUCAACGGUUUUAUAAGAUGUUUAUUCAAGUCAAAAAAAUGACAUUGACUCCAGUUAGUCUUAUCAACAUGUAGAGAUGUCAUAAAUUGCUUUAGAAAUAUGGAAUGUAUGUUCUGAGUGGUUCGGUCACACAGAAAUAAAGAAUUCUUAUUUGAAGAGGUAAUGAUUUCACAGAAUGUUAGGUUUUUAGGGUUCCAUACCUCAAAAGGAAAAUAAUCACUUAUAGAAUCACUUUGUUGUUAGUCUGGCUGUCUAUCAAUACCCUUUAUCUCGGAAACAUGUGGAGGUAUUGAGUUAAAGUUAAAACCAAUUAAAUAUAAUCAGGCUUACGAUCAAUCAAAGGGGUGAAAAAUCAAACUUGUAAUGUUGUUUUGAUGAUGUUUUUUACGUUACAUUAAAAAUUCGAUUUAUGUAUGUUACAAAAAACGCUAUUUACAUUUAUAUUUAUUUAUGUAUAUUUCGACUCAAGGAAAUCAAAAUUCAUAGGGUCCUACCUACCAACCUACCUAUAAACAUUUGUUGAUACAUUUGUAACCUUGUUUUUUUUUCCUGUGAUUUAUUUACAAAAUGUCAAAACAGGGUCUUAAGGUAAGGAAUGACAGUCCAAAUUUUGAAUUCAGUUAGUUGUGUCAUGUGGCUUAUUUGAUUAUUAUUUGAUUUAUGAGAAAAAAUGUUUUGUACGGAACCCUCUGUGGGUGAUUCUGACUCUCACUUCUCCAUUUUUUUUGUAUCACUGUCCAUAUUUUUUAUUGGUUUUAUAUACUCACCAUACUACGCAAGGUCAGGAAAUUAUUAGGAAUGCUUUUUACACAUUACUAAUAAAUAUUCUUCUAAAAAGCGUAACUUUCAAGCGUUAUAUUAGGUAAAACAGCCCCUCCUUGGGGCUGAAAAUCCUUUAGAAAUAUGUAGCGUAAGCGUUUAUUAUGUAUUAUUAUAAAAUAUUUUACCGAUUUAUUAUUCCUCUUAUUUAUUUACAAAUGCACACAAAUUCAUACAAUGCUGUAUAAAACAUAUGAAAGUAAAUGAUGUUAAAAAAAAAUUGUCCACUCCGACGCAUGAAUGGAGUUUACUCUUUCAGAUCGACUGACUAAAUAUGUGUAUGUCUCAAUACUCACGCCUGAAAAGUGAAAGGUUUGCUUCCGAAGGUUGUUUGGAAACCGAAGAGCGUCAGGCAGCGCGCGGUGAAAGGUGCGCAGAAUAGGUUGCGCACAAAAAACGUAACGCUGUCAUUUGUUCACGGAAUUUUACUGCCCAUGUAUUUUUCAUACCGGGGGCUAUAUAUGAAAAAUUCAUAAGGAGUAAACUCCAAUAACAUAUAAUUAUGAAUCAUUAUUAUUAUUUUAACCUACCAUAAAAAUCUUAUAAAUCUGAAAUAUGUGUACUUGAAUAUUAUAUAUAUAAUAUAUAUUUUGAUUAAAAUGAAAAUUUAUUGGUUGGAAAAUACACACCAUGUACUAGGUACUUCUCUGACACCACACAAGAUAGUAGUUCUAAAUGUAAAGUAACCCCCAUAGAGGAAUAUUUGAAAAGCGUUCAGGAAUCAGUAAACAUAUUAUAUAUACCUUUUUUGAAAACAUAAAUACUUCAGUUGUAGAUUACAUUUUUCUUCUAAGUCUUCUACGUCACUUUCUUCUUUAAAGUUAAUAAUUUAAUUCGAGAAUUCCAAACAUAAACUGGUUUACCAUAUUUGUAAUUGGUUAAUUGCAAAUACAGUUUCUUUACCUAACAUUCUGUGUAUAUAAAUCUUCAAAAAAUUAGACUAUAUUUAUAGUACAUAGCGUAAUGCGUGGUUUAGUGUGUGUAUCAGUUUCUUGUAGUCUCAUAGAUCUCUAUAAUGUGGCGUUUUUAGUAGUUAUUUCUUAUAUAUGUUGAGAAUUAAAUACGAGGUGUUUCGGUAUUUAAAUUAUCGAAAUGCGUAAUUAUGAAGGCGAAUUUAACAACAAGUAUUUAUAUCAAUUGAUAUGUGUAUCAUUCUUGUUUUCAAUAUAUUUGCUAAUAAAAAUCUUGAAAAAAUGCUAAAAUAAAAUAUUUUUUUCGCGCAGUUAUUAAGGGGUAUUGCUUUAAAUGCGGGGCUUUGAUAGGCAUCGCUACACUCCCCCCGGCCCGCGCGGGCCUUAGGAAGUGUUAUGAACGAAGUUGCCAAGCUAUAGGCUUAGUUUACAAGCACUUUUGAAACGUCUUCCGAAAGUAGAACAACUCUACUUGCUUAUUAUGCACCGCCAGCUGUUCUAAUUCUACUUUUAAUUAUCGAUAGUGUGAGUUAAAUAUUCACGAUUUUAGUAAGCGUCUUCCUUAAAGUAGGUACAUCAAAAUGACUUAACGAUUUUUAACUUAACAAGAUUUCUACGAGCAAAUAUAUUGGAAAAAAUCAUUGUUAAUUAUUAAUUAUAUUAUUCUAGUUGGCUGUAUUUGCUUAAGGUAUUAUGUACCUAUAAAAAUCUUUUCGCUGGCUGUAGUUUAACUUUAUUCAUUAUUGGCCUUUUUCAAUAACCUGUUUUUGUAGCUUGUACAUCUGUACUGCAUUUUAUUUUUUGACUUAAGGCAACAUUGCUAAGCAACUUCUGGACAGAUUAAUAGGCCGUACAGACUACAUUAGUAUUUUAGUCAAGUACGAACAAUUUUUGGAUUUACCGCCCAAAAAUCGUUUGUACUCGUCAUACUAAAGUAGUCCGAAAGUCCUUAGGAUUGACAGGUUAUUGAAAACGAGUGUAAGGGCCGGCACACAUUGGUUGAAACGCGGCAUUCGUUACUGUCAAACCGAUAUUAAUAUAGUAACAUAGUCUUGAAAUAAAGUCGAAGAUUACGAAACACUUUAUUGAAGUUAAUCAAUAGAUUAUGUAAAAUCAAACUUCGCUUCGCUUCAUGCGACUUCGCCAUGCUUCGCUUCCGAUCGUUGUCGCCUUUGCGCCUGAAUCAAAGGAUCCGAAAUUCGAACACGAAGCGCCGCUCUACACUACUCGGUUCAAUUCAGAACUUCGUUGAAUCGUCGAAAAGAAUAGUGUAUGUUAGGCUUAAUGCCAACUUUUUGUCAAUUGAUUUUCAACUUUAUUCCAAAGCAUGGAAUGUUAAUAAUGAUUUGAUAGUAGUCAGUCGUACCUCAUCCGAUAUGAGCAGCUCUAAAAUUAACUAUAUUGUUUUUGCCUUAUUAUUGUCAUUUAUUGUAUAUAUUUAGAAUUGCUUAAUAUUGAGCUUUUAAAAGCAUAAUUCUUGUUCUAAUAAGUUAAGAAUAAAUGUGUAGUUGUUAAUAAUCUCAAUCCUAACCUUAGUAGAACUUAGAGCUAAUUCGGUUGUAAAGUGGAACCACAUAAAUUGAUAAAACUUUAAGCAGCUGGUUAUACAAAUAAAAUAAUUUUUUUAAUAUCAGGUAGAAUAUUUAAUAUUAACUAUUGAAUUCUUUGACGGUCACUGUAUAUUGACCGUUCACAAUGUUCCAAACGUUCCUAACUAAUAUUCCUCUCCAUAGUAUUAAUACAGCAGCAAUUUCUUGGCUGAAAUGUGUUUGUGCGUUUUUAUUUUGGUGAUUACUCAUAUUUCUACAUAAUGAUUGCUUUUAUUUACUGGACCUGACUCCUGAGAAUUUGCUUGGUCGUUUGCUUUGCGGCUUGGCAAUUUGCAAUCAUGCAAACCUAUUUUAUACUACGUGUGCUUCGCGUCUUUAAUCGCGUUUAUGGUGUAAUAUUAGAUAGGCUAUAUUACUCCUUAAUCUGGCUAUUAUAUAAAGCAAGAAUUUUUAGUGGUUCUAGAAAUUAGGGUGGUAUAUUCUUCUAAUAUUAAAUUAGUAUAUAAUAUAUGUCAGUGUUUACUGUUUAGAUAUUAAUGAAUAAUGUACAACCGAAUUUGCUCCAUUUAUUGAUUUAAUUAUUGUGAAUUCAAUUUUAACCGUCUCAUUUUAUUUAUAACGUGAAGUAGGUAUCUAGUACAACAUCUCCAAACAUAAAAGAAAGGCUGAAUCAGUGUUGUAUUAAGUUGUGUGAGUGUGUUUUAAAAUAAAGUAAAGUAAUUAGCACAAGAUAACUGAUAACACAAGAUAACUAAUUGGUGGAUAAUAAAAUUGAAUUACCAUAUUUUGAAUUACAAAAAAAAUUAGGCAUUAACACUUCUAAGGUUAGGAUUUUUGUUGUAAGAUUAUUAUGUAUGCUUGACAUUUGUAACAGGGUCUUUUUGGUCGUUCAAAAAAUUGGCACCUGAUGCGUACUGUUCACACACAUAAUAUGUGUUCAAAAAAACAAUAAUGAUGAGUGAAUGCGGUCACAUUAAAAUACGAAAUUGCUUUUAUUUAUUUUUUUACCUAUAGAAGUGUGUAUUUCGAUUUUACAUAACCGCAGACCAUUGUGCGAAUAUGUUGGUGUGCCAGCACUUUAAUUAUUAUAGUUUUUGUGUUAAAAAAAAUAUAUUUAUAACUGUUUUGAAAUAUACCAAAAAUGGUGGUUAGAUUGAUAAUUAUUUCCCAUUUGCCAAAGUAAAGUAAUGCAUUUUUUAAUAUUAAUCUAAAAGUACUGGCGCGCGAACAUCCUUAUCUUUAGCAAUAAAUUUAAUAGCAUAUCUUUCUUAAUACAGAUUAAACGAAAAGUGAUACAUGUUCGUGUUGUUCUAUGUAAACGGAAUAAGACUGAAAAUUAAAUACCUAAAAAAUUUAAUAAAUUCCAUCCUAAAGUAUUCUUACGCCUAGAUACAUACAACUUGCAAUCAUUGCCGUAUCUAUGAUGUAUCACAGGAUGGGCUUAGCCCCCGAUAUCAAGUCUAUUAUUAGUAUAAUUUCUAUAUAAUUUCAAUAGAAUUCCAUAUUAUCGGUAGCCCAGAAUCCUAGGGUGGGCACUGGUCCAUUCUAGGAUGGGCACGCCCCCUCCCCUCUCCUAUGCUCUCCAUGUACAGUCCACUUUUGGAUGUCUGUAAAACUGAAGGAACAUGCUUUAACGAAAUGAACCUUAAAUUUUUAAACCCAAACGCCCUUGGUCUACCACAUCCAAACGGACUUCCCGGUAAAGAUUAACGUUAAAAAAAUAUCUAAUAAGCCUUGGUUUUAAUGGUCGAAAAAUCGGCACUCUGAUAUUAUGUCAUCGUGCAUGCAGAUAUAGUGUAUUAAUUGGUCUCAUAUUUUAGAAUUUAAUUUUGGAUCGUGCCGCGUUGCAAGAGCCAGCUCAUGACUAAGGGCAGCGAAUGGAUUCGACACUAGUCGGACAUACUCCGAAGUUGUAUCACGUAUCUAUCAAUUAAUAUGGUCUCAUAUUACUUUAUUAUUGAGAAUUCCUAAACUGAGCAUGUAUCAUGUUUCUAUCUGUUCCUAGUAAUAAGUGAAUCCGUUUCAAAAUGUUGGUUACUUUUGUACUGAUAAUAUGAGCGGAAUUUUCAGAAUCUGUGAUCACUUGGUACUCUCUCGGGUUUAAGUAAUUUUUUUAUAUCUGAAUGUUAAAAUGCUUCGAAAACGUUAACUCGAAAUUGUAGGUAAGUAGGUAUACGCUUUUUUUUAUUGUGUACGUUAAUUUUUGUGUGUGAAUUGUUUCAAUCACCAGUUUAUGAGUGGUAGACCAACUUGUUUAUUUAUUUAUAUCAAGAUUUUGUUUUUCAAUGUUUCUGAGUGAUGAUAAAUAAUUAUUCAAAGACAAUAAAUAAUAUUCAAAUGAGUUGGACAAGAUAGUUAUAUAUUGUCACUUAUUAUGUUGAAACAUUUUAUUUACGAGAGUUUGCGUUUCAAAAAUAGCGUUCUGUGAUUUUUGAUGCCUUGGCGACUCCAAAACCUAAGGUUAUGGUUAGAUAAAGGCUGCGUUUUUCUUUCGAGAACUUUUGGUAUUAGAAAAAAGAGAAGAAAGCCAAUUUUAGGACAAUAUUCAGAAUUUAUUACAAUGCAAAAGAAAUCAGUUUGUAUUACUUGGACUAUAAAAUAUUUUUAUAUAACCUAAAUGUAAAACCGUUGUAUGUUUUUUUAAAUACAUACAUACAAAUUUUUUGAUAGUAGACUUUUUGUAAUAAAUCUAAAAAUGUUUGUGGUGUAAUGGUCAACGUUUUUCUUCGCGAUUUGUUCAGCAAUAUAGGAAAGAGACGAUUCGUGUCAAGGCUAUUUCAUAAAUAAGGGAUUUUUAAUUAAAUUGUCGCAAGAUCUAACAACAAAAAGUGGCUCAAACGUUGCUUUGGGUUGCUACUCUAAAAUACGAGCUUUUAAUACCUGGUCAUGGUUUCAUCUAAGGGUAUCCCAGGUUAAGUGAAAAAAGUUUGCUGUCAAAAAAGAUACAAUUUAAUUAUUAAUGAAGCAUAAUCCUGAUUUAUGCUAAGUACAUACUACAAAUUACAUAAUAAAUAAAAUUAAAUCACAGUAUCAAUAAAGGAAUAAAUUAAAUCCGUCCCAUUAACAGAUGUGGCUUCAUUUAGAAAACCGUUAAGUUUAAGUUCCUUAUUUUUCACUUCUCAUACACAUUUGUUUAAUCAUUCACAGCGGCAUAUCAAUGGCACCUUAAAAAUAAGUAUAACAAAAAUGUAAACAUUUAUAAAAUGUACUUGCAUGUUUGUUUUCAAGUAAAUAAACCUCUUACAUUAAA